AUGUCCGGAGCAGUUAAGGGUGAUGUUAUGGAUAAACAUGUACGGAGAAAUUUGGAGCAUAUUAUCAUCACACGUAAAAUAAGACUUUCUUAUUCAAAGUUAUCAAACCUGUUUGCUAAGGAGAUACUUAACCAAACACUAAGGCUUCAACAGAUAAAGGAGAAAAUUAGUGGGAUUUCGAAUAGGAGUGGGGAGAGACUUAGCUCAAAAGAAAAAAUUAUUCGAUAUAUGAAGCCGGAAAAGGUUCGUAUAUGUCUUCUUCCUGACAUAAGAGGCGUAAAUGAAACCCAUGUAUUGCCUCGCAGUGAGAAUGUUGUUUCAUGUUGUAUUGGGUCUACGUACGGGAGUUACUGCUCCUUCAUCGCAAGAACAUAUCUAUUUAAUCCCAAUGAAUUUCAGUUGAAUGCCUACCGGGUUCUCUUCCAGGCCCAAGAGGCAGCAAUUGCUGCUCUACAGCCGGGAAGUAGGAUUCGAGAUAUUUAUAAUUCGGCUUUGGCUGUAGUUCAGAAUCAAGAUGUUCAUGGGUUUGUUGAAUACAUUGGAAACACAGUUGGGAUGGGUAUCGGAAUUGAGUUUAACGAAACUUAUCUUGAAUUAAACGCCACAAACGAAGUGCACAUACUACUAGGAAUGGUUUUCAAGGUGGUUGUAAGCUUAAACAAUGUGCAACCUACGAAUGGGGAAAUGUUUUCUAUGAUUCUGGGGGACACUGUGAUUGUCGGUGAAACUGGUGUGCCGCCUCGUGUUGUUACUUUGAGCUUGAAAAAAGUUGAGGAAGUAGUUUGCAGGUCCAAAAAAGAGUCGGAAGGAAGCUCUGGAGCCAAAGAUCUAAAGAUGGGAAAUCAGGAAGUUAAAGUAUAUCAAAGUAAAAGGCCCAAAAAAAGAAGUGCAAUAACUAAGUUGAAUAGCCCUCAGUGCAAACUUGACUGA